GGCGGAGGCGGCGGCGGUGGGGGCUCCGCGAUGGCGUCCCGGGACCGCGUGGCGCAGGCCAAGUCCCGGGCGGAGCGGUCCCGGCCGCCCACGGUGCCGGUGCCGCAGGUGGAGAUCGUGCCGGGGCGGCUGUCGGAGGGCGAGUGGCUGUCGCUGCUGGGCUUCGAGGAGGCGGAGGACGUGGCGGGCGACGUGCUGGCGGCGCUGCUGGACCUGGCGCUGGCCGAGUGCUACAAGGUCUACCUGGCCCGGCAGUGCGUGCCCUACGUGAUCGCGCAGGCGCGGGAGGCGAUGCUGCAGAUCGUGGAGUGGCGCUUCCUGGUGCGGGACGCGGGCGAGCGCGAGGUGGCUGCGGACCCGGCCUGGCAGGAGGACGAGGAGCCGGCCGCCUCCGUGCCGGACUCCUGGGCCCAGGGCUCCGUGCCGCUGCUGCAGACCGUGCCCAGCCCGGAGUGGGAGGUCCCUGCCGUCAAAGUGCCGGAGGAGGAGGAGGAGGAGGAGGAAGCGCCUGCCCUCCUGGAGCCGGAGGGGGAAGGCCCUGUCCCAGGGGAGCUGCCAGGCGAGGAAACUGCCCAGGCUGAGAUGCCCCUCCAGUGGGGAGAGGAGCUGCGCCAGCAACCCUCCCUGCUGGAAGCCAAGCCGCCCAAGCCCCAGAGGAGGAGGGGGCUGCCCAAGGGCCGAGCGGAGUCCCUUCCGGUGGCUGCCUCUGCCAGGGUCUCCUUCAGAAGAAGGCCGUCCUGCCCGCCGCUCCCGGUGGCCCAGCCCUCGGCCAGAUUGGAUGGCAGCGCAAAGAGCGUCUCCGAGAAGGAGCUGCUGUGGCGGAAGCUGCCCCAGCUCCCCCCGCAGGUGAGCUCCCUGCUGGGCAGCUCCCAGCCCCUGCUCCCCUCCUCCUGCAGCAACCUCCUCCGCAUCCAGAUGGGCCGCCCACCCAACAUCAAGGAUGUUUUCUACGACGAGAUGGGCAACGUCAUGCUGGUGCCUCACCUGGAGCUGGCCCGCCUGCCUAAGUGGUGGAUCAAGCCCACCGUGGAAGUGGUGGACCCCAACGUUGAGUCGAAGUGCCAGGAAACCCUGAAGAUGGUCUCAGGCCGCUGCAAGCAGCGCCGUCCCCCGAGCGGCCCUGUCAAGCAGGCCCCCAUGGACCAAAGCAGCCUCCGGGCUCAGGCGGGGACGGAGGAUCCCAUGAAGGCCCACCCAGAGCAGGAAGCCUCUUCUUCUCUUCCACCGGGAAAGACCCUCCAGCCCACCAGCUUUAUGUUUGUCAACCCCGCCUUGCUGGUGGAGACGGUUGACCUCGCCCCGGGGGUCAGCCUCCACCGUGGCGGCAGUGGCUGUCUGAGUGCACGCUUGCAGCCUGCAGAAGAUGCCAAGGAGGCGGGCGGGCCCUUCCCCAGCAGGGCCAAAGGGCCCUUCCUUCAGGAGCCACAGCUUCUGCCGCACUUGUGCCCUAGUCCUGUGCUGGGAUGAGGGUGAUGGUGUUCACCACAUACAUCCUAGCCUCACACUGUCCUGAAACCUCUCUCUCUCUGUCUCUCUCUGUCUCUCUCUGUCUCUCCCUCACUCCCUUCCCCCCCCCCUCUCUCUCUGGCUUACACUGGCUCCAAGUAAAAGCUAUGCACAAACCUUUGCUGAAAAUACUUUUUGAGUAUAAAUGAUGCCCCUCCAGGGCAAUAAAAGGAUUUCAGACAAUUGUGUGGCAUUUUUAACAAAAGAGUGUAAUCCCAAGAAAUCCCCCACACUUCCCAGAGGAAUGAAGCGCUCUCCCCAAAUAUUUAACGCUUGUUCAAUCAGCUGUUUUUAGGCUCUGGAGCGCUUGGAAAAUACCAAGAGUUUAGAGGAGCUUCUCUUCUUCUCCGUGUCCUGCGAUCAAACUACAUUUUAAAGAGAAGCUCUCGGAGAAGGCAGCUCUGCCUAUUUAACUUGCAAGUUGUGCCCGCAGGUGCCCAAUACCUGCCAGACCCUUCAGCCUCGCCCUUAUGCAGCCUCAGCCACUCUGGGUGUGGAGGGUCAGGGGGCCAUCAAGGAAAGGACAACCCCUUUGUGAGUGG